AAUGAAUCAUUUUUCUUCUUGUUGCCAAACAAACAAACACCUUCCACAGGUGGAAGCGGUGGAAGGAGGGGGCGGAUAUUCUGGAUAUUCUCGCCGGGUUUGAAAAGGGAGGAGAUGAAGGGGUGGAACUGUGAGGCAUGGCAACGCGGGCCUAUAAAGACGCGGGCGCUCCGUGUCUGAGGCUGAGUUCAGCUCUCCUCCUCACAGAGCACCAGCACCUGGGCGAAGCCAUGCUCAGCCUCAUCAAACUGCCGCGAGUCUUCACCAUCAAUCAGGUGCCCAAAGUUUUCCAUGAAGACAGCAUCAUUUCGGGGUACCGGCACCCUCGGAGUUCAGCGACAGACUGCAUCCUCAGCCUCUUUCAGCUGACCAAUGAGACGCUCAACAUCUGGACGCACUUUCUGCCCACCUGGUACUUCCUGUGGAAGCUGGCCAGCGUGGUCCUGAUGCAGACGGCCUGGCAGGACCCCUUCACCUGGCCCCUGGUGGUCUUCCUCCUGUCCUGCUGCGUUUACCCGCUGGCCUCCAGCUGCGCCCACACCUUCAGCAGCAUGUCGGCGCGGGCGCGCCACAUCUGCUUCUUCUUCGACUACGGGGCGCUCAGCUUCUACAGCCUGGGGUCAGCAGUCGUUUAUUCGGGCUACGUUUUCCCCGACAAAUGGGUGAACAGCUCCUUUCAUCGGUGUUACGUCCCCAUGGCCGUGUUAAACACUGUCGUGUGCACCGCCCUGGCCUGCUACUCCAGGCUUGGUGUACCAUUUCUACACUACAAUCAUGAUGUUGUAAAAAGAUUCCCUGAGUGUCAGAGCCCAAAGUUCAGCAAACCUCUGCGGGUUGUUGCCUUUGCCUACCCGUACCUGUUCGACAACAUUCCUCUGUUCUACAGGGUGUUCCUGUGUGCAGGAGAGGGCUGCACAGACAACGACGCCAACAUCCUCCACUACAACCACAUCUCCCUGGCUUUCCUGACGGGUUUUCUCUUUGCCACACAUUUACCUGAGCGUCUGGCACCCGGCAGCUUUGACUACAUAGGUCACAGCCAUCAGCUCUUCCACGUGUGCGCCAUCCUGGGCACGCACUUCCAGAUGAAGGCCCUGGAGCAAGACAUGGCGACGCGUCGGCCCUGGCUGGCUUCAAACUCCAUUCCCAUCUCUUUUGCCAACUCGCUGGGUCCGGCUCUGCUCUGCGUGGUGGUGAAUUUGAUCAUCAUCGCACUCUUCAGCAUUCCUCUCAUCUCUGCCCCGGCGUGCCAAGAGAGGAAACAAGCCACAGACACAAAGAAAGCCUCGGCCACACUCUGCUCCUGCCACUGAAAAUCGGCUCCACGAGUAACAGAUGAAUUAAAGGAGCGCAUUGUGACAAUGCAAAACUACUGUGUUCACACAAAUUAAGGUCAUAGUUCAGAAAUCCUUCUGAUGGCAGCUGUUUAAUGUGUUGAAAAACCGCAGGAAAGAAAUGUACAAGCUGCACAAAGACGUUCCUCUCUUUAGAAAAGUAACAAAGAAUUAUUUGACUCAAUGCGUUAUGAAUUUAAGAGUUUCAAAGGAAAGCUAGACAAGGGGCAGGCUGGUGCUUUUAUAUUUAUUAAGAUAUUUCUAUGCUGAGUUUUCUGAUUUCCACUGAUGUGGUGUGUGAAGAGACUGUCCAGAACAAAAAGGUUUCCAUGUACAUAUUUCCCCUUUAGUUUUUAACUUUAGGAAUGAAUUGAGGCACUGUGCCGUCUCAUAUUCAUAACUGUAGCUGCACUCGGCCCUUUUUGAAUUGCACUAUUCGGUUGUGACAGACACCAAAUAACCAGCAGAGUAAAUACCUCAUAACUUAAAAGAUCUGUUACUGAUUGCGUAUUCUAAUCUGGGUUUGUUGUUUAAGAUUAAUUUAUUUCCGUUAUAUGAGUAAUGUGUCUAGAACUGAAUAAUGCUUGACAUGAAAGGUAUUUUAGUAUACAAUUAUUUAUUAAAGAUUUUUCAAAUAAACUUUAAACCAAAGCUGUGCUUUGUUCAUUCUGUUCACCUUUUAU